AUUAAAAAAAAAGAAAGUAUCACGAAUCACGAACAGUCGAACACGAACCUAUUCAUUCUUCAUUCACCGCCGAGUUCUCGAGAUACAUUGGUUUUCAAGAACUUUGCCAGGCGAAUUUAGGCUACAAUGACAACACCUACACUUGAUUUGAAACUCCGCAAUCAGCUGACAAGGUUCCUUCAUACUGGAAAUGAAGUACCCAAGUGUUUCCCCGGCUGUUGGCCGAAACAAAAAUACUUUCAAGCUGAAAACUUGAAAACAAUUGAUGAGGCACUUGCUAAUGGAGUCAAUAAUCUUGAAGUAGUGGAUGUAAUUCUAAAGGCUUACAAUGAUGGGUGGUACACAAGAUUUGAAACCAUUGCUUUUGCUCUCUCAAAGUGCCUAUUGCUUGGAAGUGCUGAUGUCAAAGCCGCUACUUACAAAGCUGUUGGACAAAUUUGCAACACUUCUGAGCAGAUGAUGCUUUUCUGCAAAUUCACAAGGCUAUUGAAAACAGGAAAUGGCCAAGGUUGGUGCAAUAUCAUCAGGUUGUGGUACACCUCCAAAGACACCAUGGAACUAGCACAGGAGGUCACCAGGGUGAAGGCUCGCCACGGCCGCUCUCACAACACCCUCCUCAGGAAGAGCCAUGUUAAGGUCGACGAAAAUGAUAAAGCCCGCGACGCCGUCGUCAAAUACGCGAUCUUCGGUUUGAAAAAAGUGAAGCAACUGGUCGCCGACCACGAACAGACAAGGGCUGUGCUCGAGUACAUACAACAGGUGGAGGACUUGAGGCACUGUGAGGAUCCAGUCGCGGCGGCCGCGAUGGUUGAACAACAUCGGUUCACGCUCGACCACAUACCCGGACAUUUGCUGACUUCACAGGAUGUGUGGGACGCAGUGCUCCCUCACAUGGAGCUCGGCGAUCUCCUAAACAACGUGCAGCGCUUGCACAACAUGGGUUUCCUCACAAGCGACUCGCCCACCACCGCGAUUCUGGUGUCGUUGCUUAGCAACAGUGAUGUCAUUAAGAAGUCUAAAGUUACGCCCAUCGAGGUUUACAUCACGCUGAGUAAUUACAAAAAAAAGGGCAGACCGCUGAAACACCAGAAAGCAAAAGUAGCCGUGGAGAAAGAGAGACGUCGCCGGGCCCGCCAGAUAUUUGAUAGCAAGACCGGGCUCUGGCAGUGGUCAGUUACCCGCCGUCACCCCAAGGAGGUCAAGCAUUGGGGCAUCGAUCAGCCUCCGAACCAAGCUGUGCUGAAUGUGCUAACGAAUCUGGUGGAUAUGACCUGGUCGCUCACGCCCAAAACUGGAGCGCGCUACCUUAUCACUAUGGACAUGAGACCGCAUAUGUUUAUAGGCCGCCACUUCUGCAAGAACUUCGUGCUACCCAAAAAGGGUCGUAAGACGACCGCCACCGCCACCCCGACGAAAUCGUCACCGGCGCCCGUCACCGCCGCUGGCGACGGCAACGCCAACGCCGAGAAGAAGUCCAAGAAACGUCUGCUUGCCGAGUGCUUCUAUAAUAAACACGUCUCACCGGGACAUGCCGCUAUCAUACUGGCUCUUCAAAUCCUGAAGCGCGAGGACAACGUGAAGCUCGCUGUGUUCACAGAAGAAGGCGUCCAAAUCGUGAACGUCGACAAGAAAUCGGCAUCUAUCGACCAGGCGGAGUUCAUUCUCAGGAAAGCCAAACUCGGUCGAGUUCAACUAGACGCGCCCAUAGAGUGGGCCGCCAAAAAGAAGAACAAGUACGAUGUGUUCAUCAACAUGGUGGACCGGACCACGCGGUUCAUGGAGCUGGAUGAGGAGCAGCGGGGCGGGCGUGGCUCGGGGGGGAGGUUCGGGCCGCCGCCGGCGCCGUCCAAGGAGAUCGCCGACCACUGCCCCGUUAGGGCGCUGAUGCGUUAUAGGGCGGCGAUCCAGACCAACGCCAAGCUAAUCGUGAUGUCGCUAGCGUCGCACCGCGUCGCGACAACCGACGGGAGCCACGAGGGCGUCCUCGACAUGAUCGGCGUCGACGAGCACACGCCCAAAGUCAUGGACGCAUUCACACUCGGACACUUCAAGUAAAACCCCAAAACAAAUGUCUGUCCGUAUAGAAGGGACCUAAAUGUGGGUCCAGGCUCGCCAAACACCGCGAAUGAAGCUGUUUGCGGUGUAGUACGAUAUGUAUUGCACAAUUUGUGCGGAUUAGCGGCGCAUUCGCCAGGUUUGGACUCACCUUUAGUAACUAACAAUUUAGGGCAUUUUUUCAUAAUGCAGUAAGCAUAAAUCGCUCUGUGUAAGUGUAAAGCUUAAAUUGGUUCCUUUUAUGCGGUAUAAUACUAGAAUAAAAAACUCCUUAGAAGCGGCGCUGGCAACGUGGACUGUCUGGUUAUUUAUCCAGAUUAUAAUUAUCUGAACAUUACUCAUAAUUAAUUUCCAGUGACUGAAAUGAUAGGUUUAAGUGUCAGUCGUAACAUUCAGCAAAAACCGUUAUACUGCCAGUAAGAUAAUCACAAUUAAUUUUACAUACAUAUAAUCAAGAAGUUUUUGUUAUGAGAUUUAUAUGUCGAUUUAAGGAAAUGAGCAGAAAAACGGAGUUUUAACGAUAUACACAAAUCUGGCAAGGCGUCACAUGCAAAGUUUUAUAAGUUAUAUAAGUUAAAUUUCAAGCUCAGGUGUGGUCCUAGUUCCAGCGUCGCUUCUAUUUGUUGAAUACACAUCAACGCGUCAAUUCCCAACAUUUGGUCCUUAAAUCGUAAGAAAACUACCGGUGUACCUCAUUAUAGUAAUCAAUUGAUCUGUGUAUUUUUACCACAAAGUGUUCCGAAAACCAUGUGAUUGUGCGUCUAAAAUGUAUUUUUACAGUACAUAUGGUGCUAAUUUACCGCCCUAGUGCGGUAACUAGCACUAUACGUGCGUAUGUGAACAAAAUUUAAAAUCGAAUUUGUUUUGACGUAGCCGGUGGGCCGUCGUGGCUUCGGCCGCUUAUCGUCUAACUUUUGUUUAUUAAGAUAUGCUCGUUUUGCUUCUGAAAUUAGUUAAGGAAACGAUUUAUUUAUAAGUUUUCUUGUGCUCUAGAUAUUGAAAAUUACUGAGUUGUCAAAAGAUCUCUUAUCAAUAGGUACAUUUAUAUGAGACAAGCAAAAAGGUUAGUGUCGACCUAACACAUAUCGCUAAUACACGAUAGUAUUAUGCUACUGCCUUCUUAUUGCAUUUCAUUCUCAUUGCAGUUAUUAGCCUCAUGACGACAAUGGGAUGAUAUUCUUAUUGGAAAUAUAUGGAAUACAUGUUUUAUCAUGUCGUAUAUGAUCGAUAAAACGGCUAAAAGCGACAAUAAAGUUUGUACAGGCAGAGCAAAUCUAUUUAAAACAUACAAAACCACAUAUACAUACAGUUUGGUGUAUUUUGUUUACUGAAGUUUAUUUGGCAUAUUAAGAAAAUCAUAGUAUGUCGCUAAGGAUGAUAUUCCGUCUGUCCAAUAUCUUGGUCCAAUGUGUAUUGGCGAGAGUGAGACGCAAUUCACAUUGGACGAAGAAAUUGGACUGGUGGAAUAUCACCCUUACCUUCUACUGUAACUUUGAUGCAUAUGUCGAAUGAUAGCACCCAGCUAAAUAUUUAUUUUACAUAUAUCGCUUUACACAAAAUACCUAUUCAUGUAGAAAUGCCGCAACCUAUACUUCUGUAUAACGUAUCUUCCGAAUAACAUUGAAAUGUUUUAACUCCAAAUAUCCUAAAUGUUUAUAGAUUUGAUGUUGUAGAUCGACCUCACGUAUUGUUUGUUAGUUUUUGUAUUGCAUGUACGCAAGUAAGUUAGUUAGCAAGUAUUCCUAUGUAUAAGCGAGUUUUGUUGAGACGUAGUUUAAGCAUAGUACAGGGUCUUUUUUUGAUAUCAAAAUAGGCUCCUGUAUCUCUUGUUUCACAUAUAUAAUCGGGGUGAUAAGAGGUAGGGAAUAUUUCUUUUAUUUAAAGUUUAUAAAAGAUUAUAUUUAUUACACCUUACUAUAAUUAUUUGCACCCUCCGAUCAUAUACACGUGCCAGUACUUUGAUGAUUGUAUACAUACAUAUAACAUGGUGAAAAAUAUUAUUUUAUGUGUAACUAAGUGCCUCGUAUGAAUAGUGAGUCGUUAAUAUUUAAUAUUAUAUUUGCCAAAGUAAUGUUGCAUUUGUAAUUUAGCCACAAAGUACUGGCAGCUUUUGAAGUUGUAUUUUAAAUUAUGGUACAUACAGCAUUUUGUAAUAAUAUAUGUAUUAUACCGUAUUGGAAUACAUGUCAUGCGACCGAGGACUAUUUUUGAAAGGUAUAUUCAUAAUGCUUAAAGGUGCAAAUGUUAAGAAAGGGGCCUUGACAACGUGAGGUACCUACUUUAAUUGUUGUUAAAAAGGUUAAAAUUUCAAAUAUUAAAUAUCUGUUUGAGCAUUUAAAUGCGCGGCUCUCUUUCUUGACCUUUUCAACUAUUCUCUCCAAGGCCCAGCCUACCAUACGCGAAAGAAAAUGUCUCAAUGGACAUGCAAUUCAAAAGUUUGUAGUGUUGCAUUUCCUUUGUUCUGCAAUAUUUAGUGUUUCACCGUUCGCCCGUGGGACCCGUGGGUUACUGUUCUAUCUUAGCCGGUCACUGCUAACACACCGUAACAAAGGAAAUGUAACUCUAUUACUUAAUUUUAUAUGAAUAAUGCUAUGGUACAACAGGCCUCACGAGAUUUUAAAUCAUUGCAUUCUCGAGGCGUGCUGAUGCGAACGAAAUUCUCCAAAUCUGUGAUGACUUUGGUACUCUCUGAUGGUUUAAGUGUUUUUUAUAUCUAAAAUAUUUAAAAAAAAAUCGGAAGGUUCAUGAACAUCAUAUUGUUAAUUUACGCUUUGUUUAUCUACAUAAUAAACAACAAAUCGUUUUGUUAGAUAAUAUAUUAGAUAGAGUAAUCCUGUAAGAUUUAAGUAUUAUCUUUGUUGGUCGACGAAACAGUUGUUAUAAAUUGCGAUUGGUGUCAUAUAAAGCUGUUGGUAGUGACUACUUAUUUACGAUACAUAUGAAAAUCUCUCGUAGCCAUCGACAAUAGAUACUUGUUAUCGUUAUAUAAAUUUAUGGCUAGUCACUAUAUCUCAAAAAUAGCAUUCUGUGAUUUAAUGAUACCUUGGCAAUUUCAGACUUUUAGGACUAUAGUAUUCGGUCCUGUGGUGGUGGCACGAAGAGAACUGUCACUAGAUUAUAAUAUUAUUUGUUGAAAUCGUCAUAGACUGGACCAAAAUUCAGGAAUAAAUAAAUAACGAAGAAGAGAAACGAAUAAAAACGAACAAGAAUCAAAAUAAAAACCUUUAAGUUGCUCUAUAGUUGUCGAGAAAAAUUACGUAUCAGCCUUUGAAUGUUAAUACAAACGGUUCGAAAAAGCAUCCCUAGACUAAAUUACUGAAUAUUUUUUUGAAUCUCCACGGGGCCGGAUCCUAUACAAGAUACCUAAGGCAUAUAUUAUAAGGAUUGCAGCCGCAUUAGGUAUAAUCUAAUAUAUAUAGUAUUACGCAUGUAAUGUAAAACUACCUGUUGUUGUUUCAUUUUUUUUUUUAUUAGUGUUAUGAAGUUUUAUUUUACGUUUUUUCUUUUCUUUUCAGCCACAUUUGUAAAACAAGAGCUUGCUAGUGCAUUUUUUUAUUAAUCUGGAGAGAACUAAUUGAUCCGUCCUAUUUUGAAUCGAAACAUAUUUAGGCACCUAAACAGUUUUUAGUUUUAAGUGUUUAGUACAUAGUUACAAUGAUAAUUAUUUUUAUUAUGUAUAACCCAUCCACAGCAGCAUACCAAUGGCACCAUUAAAGAUAACAAAAUUUAACAUUAAAAAAAUGUACUUGCAUAUUUUUUUCCUUUCAUGAUAAUUAAACUCUUGUGUAAAACA